GUGGGCAUAACCUUUAUUCUUUUUCGCUUUUAUUUUAAUCGAGAAUCAGUGCAAAUCUUCAUAAUUUAACUGUUUUUACUUACACUAAAUGAUAUAUUGACUUAUUGUGCCGUAUAAAGUGUGUGAAGAUGUUCUGCGUUCAAGAGAAGGACUCCCACACGGAUCCGUUCGCAACCACCGAAAAGGACCCACUAGCAGCUCAGUCAUCGUCCGACGAUGAACCAGCCCCGAAGCGCCUCAAAGGCUUCACACCGUCUCUCAACCUCCAAGUGUACCAAAUACCAGCCUUCAACAAGGGUCUAUCAAUAUUCCCGACGCCGGAAGUGAAGCUACCAAAGUUUGUGAAUAAUCCGUUGAACUUGGCGAACCCGCUGGCGUUGCCAAGUAUACAGGCCAAUAAUGUGGUCAAGUCGCUGCAUAGUCGGUAUUCGCUGCCCGCCAAGCUGAGUAUCACGCCGGUGCAGACGCCGAAGAGUUGUGAUUCUGGUGGAAUUGUGAGGUAUAAGAAGAAUGGAGAGAUUGCCAAGAAACGCGGCCCGCCCAAAGGUUACAAACGGAAACCCAAGGUGGACUUAUCGCAGAGUUUAAACAACGGAGCACUCUUACAGGCACAAAACACGAUUCUGACAAGUCUCCUAGCCGCCACCAAUACAACAUUGAGCGUGGCCCAGCCCAAACCUGCACCUGUAGCAGCGAAAGUCACUGUCGUGCCGAAAAUUAAAGUACCGGAUGGUGUGGAGCUGGUGGAAAUGGACCUGGACCCCGAAGACUGGUUCCCGGCGGAGCCCUACCGCAUGUCUUUUAGCCGUAAGAAGAACCCCAAAUGGAAGACUUUCCCCUACCAGUGCGAACACUGCUUUAAGGGUUACCGAGUAGCGUCGACGCUCCUCCAGCACGCGGGUGAGCGUCACGGCGGCGUGCCGCAGUCCUUAGCCAUCCCGUGCCCGUGCUGCCCGCACGUGAGCCCGCGCCGCAAGCUGCACAAGAAGCACCUCGAGUCUCACGAGGGGAAGCGGCGGAGGAUAUUCUGCGUCUACUGCCUACCACCCAGAGAUCCCUCAGAGCCGUACGUCAAAGAGUCAGAGAAGUACCCAUUUGACAAGUUCCCCCAAUACUGGUAUGCCUCCGAAGAGUCCCUCCGGCUUCACAAGAAACGGAAACAUCCCUACUCGGGCAUGCUGCACUAUAACUGGUUCAAUACUUGGACUGACGCUAUGCCUAACAGCUAGUAAGUUAUAUAAAAUAUUAAGUUAUAAAAAUAUAAGGUUAGGUGAAGUUCUACGAUACAAGCAAUGGUCGGGUGAGAGCCACACAGACAUUUUACCUUUAAAUAACAUAACCACAAAAUUAAAAUUUUGAAAAAACCCCCGACCGCGACAUAGAAGACCGAUUUUCAUGAAACAUGGCUAAGAACACUCC